AGCGGUCAAACUAUCAGUAACAAUUGAGAUUACUUUGUAGUGGGAAUACCUGCCUGGGGUUGGGAAUACUUUUAUUUAACUUACUUUGAGGACAAGCUGGAUUUAAAUGUCGUUUCUAAGUGACUCCUGAGUCCCGGAGUUUGCGCUUACCUGUGGAGCAAAUGUGUCAAGAGGCAAAAGCAACGGUUUCCGCUCGUGCCGUGUUGUGAUGGCUAGCCGCGGUCGCUCCUCGUUAGCAGGGUAGCUAGCUGCUGUAAAUGCCUGGUCGUUGCUGCAAAGACGGCGAUAAUUAGCUCGCAAGCGGGCUACGCUCACUCGGCUGCUAGUUUGUUGUAGACAGUUCGCCAUCUCUUAAGAUUGCUGACAAGGCCGCUAAACGGAUAAUGCGUUGGAUAUUACAGUAAGGAAAAUCACCAGAUGGAAAUGUGUUUAUUCACAGCGGAUUAACGUUACUCAUCAUGCCUUUCGAAAUUAUGGAGUAAUUUUUUUCACAACAUCAUGCGCGCCUUCAGAUCAGACCUCCACCACUGCUGCAGAGGUUCCUUACAUUUGGAUUUAACAAGCGGUUUUUAAAGACUAGCAGCCACGACUUUUUUGUCUUCCAAUGUGAUUCCGGUAAAAUAUUAACUAUGUAUCUAAGCGGGCUGGAUAUGCUCCGAUACCUAUAAACAUUUGCGUGAAUUCGUGCGAGGGAAGCCCAAAGAAGGAGGUCCAGGGCGGGAUAGGUACACAGAAACUACCCGUUCCGAAGAAACAUGGCCUCGGUUUGGAAGAGACUGCAGCGUGUGGGGAAGCAUGCGUCCAAAUUUCAGUUCGUGGCUUCCUAUCAGGAACUGAUGGUGGAAUGCACUAAGAAAUGGCAACCCGACAAACUGGUCGUGGUUUGGACACGCAGGAGUCGACGGAAAUCCUCCAAGUCACACAGCUGGCAGCCCGGCAUCAAAAAUCCCUACAGAGGAGUAGUGGUUUGGCCUGUACCAGAGAACAUUGAGAUCACGGUCACUCUUUUUAAGGACCCCCAUGCAGAGGAGUUUGAAGAUAAAGAGUGGACAUUUGUCAUUGAAAAUGAGUCUCCAUCAGGGCGGAGGAAGGCUUUGGCCACCAGCAGUAUAAACAUGAAACAGUACGCCAGCCCAAUGCCCACACAGACAGAUGUCAAACUCAAGUUUAAGCCCCUGUCAAAGAAGGUGGUGUCGGCCACGCUGCAGUUCUCCCUCUCCUGCAUCUUCCUCCGUGAGGGAAAGGCCACUGAUGAGGACAUGCAAAGCCUGGCCAGCCUGAUGAGCAUGAAGCAAGCGGACAUCGGCAACCUGGACGACUUUGAGGAGGAGAAUGAGGAGGACGAGGAGAAUAGGGUUAACCAGGAGGAGAAGGCUGCCAAGAUCACAGAGCUGAUCAACAAGCUGAACUUCCUGGAAGACGAGGAUCAGGAAGCGCCACCUGCCAUGAGCAUCAAUCCCUUCGAUGACCCUGAUGACCUUCAUCCUAAUGACCUCAACCCAUUUGGUGAUCCUGAUGAGGAAGAGCCCCCUGCCCAGCCGGUCUUAAGGCAGCGGGUUGAUGAUUCCUUUUAUGACCAUGACUCCUCAAAUCCGUUCGAAGAGCCAGAUGAACCUGACACACAAACACCCCCAGGAAACCCCUUCGAUGAGCCCGACCAGGACAUGGACCUCCAGCCAAACCCAGAACCCCCCAAGCCCACACAGAGAAAAGGAGUACGGCCUGUUGACAUGAGCAAAUACUUGUAUGCCAACACCUCUCACAACGAGGAGGAGGAGCUUGAUGAAUCCAACCCAUUCUACGAGCCAAGGACAUCGAGCCCUAUGCGACCCCCUGUUGGCGGCACCUCCCUCGAUGUGGGCAGCAGCCAGAAGAGGAGGGCUCCUCCAGCCCCAAGUUCCAGCCCUGGCCUCGGCCCCAGUCCGCCAGCUCCCAAGCCCAGCUCUGGCCCAGACAGGGAGCGAGCCCAGCCAGUCGGGCCCAGCCCAGUCGCAGCAGUGAUGGGGAGAGAGCUGGCCUCCUCUUCCCCUAAGCCCAGCCCCGUCCCAAGCCCGGUUUUGGGAGGGAAGCCCAAUGCUAGCCAGUCUCUCCUGGCCUGGUGCCGCGAGGUCACCAAGAACUACCGCGGGGUGAAGAUCACCAACUUCACCACCUCCUGGAGGAAUGGGCUGGCUUUCUGUGCCCUGCUGCACCACUUCAGACCUGACAUCAUAGACUACAAGUCGCUCAACCCUCAGGAUAUUAAAGAAAACAACAAAAAGGCAUAUGAUGGCUUCGCAAGCCUGGGUAUCUCCCGUCUCCUGGAACCAUCAGACAUGGUGCUGCUGGCCAUUCCUGACAAACUAACAGUAAUGACCUACCUGUAUCAGAUCCGGGCCCACUUCUCCGGUGAGGAACUCAAUGUGGUGCAAAUAGAGGCCAACAGCAAUCGCAGCACCUACAAGGUGGGCGACUUUGAAACUGAUACAAACGCCUCUAUAGAUCAGGACAAGUUCUAUGCUGAACUCAACGACGUGCAACACCACCAGGCUAACUCUGAGCCUGUUGAAUCUGCUGGUGGUGAAUCUAACGGCACUAAAGGCGCUAAGGAAGAGGAGAUGGAGCCGGGCUGGAAGGCUGAAGUAGGAGCUGUCAGCUUGCCAGCAGCAGGGCCUUUACAGUCCUGCCCUCCUGUCCCAUCACUACACACAGCAUUCAACACCUCAGCAACAGACUCGACCCACGUGGCACCACCAAGCUCCGAGGACAGGGGUAAUCUGCUCAAAGCCAACACUUUAGACCUUAGCGAGUUACCACAGAGAGUGGAGAGAGAGCUGGAGAAGGAAAGACAGCAGAAGGAUGAGGUAGGAGAGGAAAGAAGGGGUGGAAGUACUGAACCAGGGUCUCCCACCAGGAGAGGGCCCUCCUCCUCUCCACCCCACCAGAAACUGGGCUUCUCCUAUAACAGGGAUGCUGACCUCCUCAAGAAGAAGAGGGCCAGCCUGCGUCACUCGGAUUCCGAGCCUGCCUCAGACACCAGCUCCCCUCCAGUCAACCACACAGACUUGCAUCCCAAACAGGAGCAAACACCUGCCCUGGUCUCAAGUCCCCCUGCUGAGAAGAGGGUGCUGUCUCGUCAGGAGGAGCUGAAAGAGAGAGCCAGACUCCUCCUGGAACAAGCCCGCAGAGAUGCUGCAAUGAAGGCUGGCAACAAGAACAUCCCCAACUCAGCUGCCACUGCACCAAAUAGGGCCACAAACGCUUGCGAUGAGCGGGAUGCGGAGCGACGGAGACAGCUGAGAGAGCGAGCCAGGCAGCUGAUAGCUGAGGCUCGAUCCGGAGUCAAGAUGUCUGACAUGAGCCUGCUGGACGUGUCCAGCACUGAGAGAGGCAAGGGCAGCAAGGCUAGUCCUGCUGGAGAUGUUUUGGAUGGAGUGAGAGGUCAUCAUGAGGAUGAUACUGUUGAUGGUGAAAGGGGUGAGGAAGAGGGGAGGGCUGAGGAAGAGCGGCUCCCUUUUUAUGUUGGUGGUCAUGAUGAUGAUGAUGCUGCUGUUGCUGCUGCCACAUCUGUGUCUGCCCUGGUUACUAACCCACUGCCACUGGAGGCUCCUCUUGUAGCCACGUCCAGCACCCAGGGGCCCCUGGAGCUUACUAACCCUGGCUCUGAGCUAACUUCUCUGGGUACAAACAGUAAGCAUGUGGAUCUGAAACUGAAGAAGCUGGUGGAGGUCAGCCCAAGAAGAGUCACCUCCCCUUCAUCUCCGUCCUCCACCUCGUCCUCAUCCUCACCCACUGCCUCCCCCACCUCCCCACUCAGCCCUGCAGAAGGACCAGAGAAUAACGCUGAGGAGUUGCGAGCAGAGCGGCUGCGCAGAGCGACAGAGAGGUUGCGGAGCCCGGUAGUCUUCAGCAAGGAUUCUGCUGUCAGGAAAACACAGCUGAAGUCCUUUAGCCAGUAUGUGGAGAGCAAACCAGAGGUGAAGAGACAGAAGUCAGUUCCUGAGGAUUUGAGGAGGGCCGAGGAGGAUAGAGGUUCACCGACGGUGCUCGAUAUUCGCAGACCAUUUGAAGAGGAGAAGGCGUUCAAAGACACCAGUCAGUAUGUGGUUGGGGAGCUGUCUGCACUGGAGAGCGAGCAGAGGCACAUAGACGCCCGAGCAGCUCGCGUGGAGAAGAGGCUGCGCUAUCUCAUGGACACAGGCAACAACAAGGAGGAAGAGGAGGCCAUGAUGCAGGAGUGGUUCAUGUUGGUCAACAAGAAGAACGCACUCAUCAGAAGACAGAACCAGCUCUCUCUGCUGGAGAAAGAGCACGAUCUGGAGAGGCGCUUCGAACUGCUGAACAGAGAGCUGAGAGCCAUGCUGGCCAUCGAGGACUGGCAGAAGACGGAGGUCCAGAAGAGACGAGAGCAGCUGCUGCUGGAUGAGCUGGUCAUACUGGUCAACAAACGGGACGCGCUGGUCAGGGACCUGGACGCCCAGGAGAAACAAGCCGAGGAGGAGGACGAGCACCUGGAGAGGACGCUGGAGCAGAACAAAGGAAAGAUGGCCAAGAAAGAGGAGAAGUGUGUGCUUCAAUGAUUGUCAUUUCAGAAACACAACCAACAAAUGUAGCCGAUAAAAGAAAUGUAUCAUUAUUAUUAAUAAUAUUACCAUGAUUAUUAUUUGAUAGUGGCUCUCCUAGACGUUUCUAUCAGUUACUGGAGUCCUGUUUUCCACGUGGUUGUUGUUUUGGUCAAAUGAACCGCAGAGACUCGGCUGAAUUAAGAGGCCUUUGCACCAACUUUUUACUGACUCAAACUGUCCCACUUAUAGACAGUGUUUGUUUUUUAUUUUAAUUGUCCUUUGCUUUACCAAGAACGGUACAUGUAUGUAAUAUAAAUAUGUCUGAGACAAGAGACCCUGUCAGACGGUGAGAUAUUUGCAUAUAAUGAUGCAGUGAGACCAGUGAGUUUGAGGUACAGCACAACUGGGUUUAAUGAGGGGAUUUAUCCUUUUUCUUUUUUGCACCAUGUUGAGAAGUUGUUUCAGUUGGACUUUUAAAAGGACAAAAAAGAGUUGUUAACAUAUCAGUCUUUUCAAGCUACAUCAUUACUUGACUGUGUUUUAAUUAUUUCACUUUAACGUUUUUACAUGUAAAAUAUCUUAAAGGGGGAAUGUGUUAGCGUUCAUAAAUCUUGCAUAAAUCUUAACUUUCCUAUUGCGCUUUUUUUUUUUUUUUUUAUUGGCUUGAAAGCAGUUUACCAAAAGAAAAGAUCUGUGUUUAAGAAGAAAAAAAAAGUCUCAUGUUGUAUAUUUUCAUCACUGCUCUGACCAGUAGCUUCCAUAAUCCACUUGUUUGUUUUUUUUUUGUCAGGAUUCAUGCAAUCAAAAACAAAAAAUAUAUAUAUUAUUUAUUGCCGUUUAUCCUUUUAAGCUGCUUGUAAGUGGAUCUACCAUCAGUUCAUGUGCGUUUUUGCUCAACUUUUGGUUUCUAUUUAUUGUAUUCUGAAGAAGAGAAAUAUGCUUCCACGUGCAUCACUUAGAGCUCCACAUCUGGUGCAGUUGUCCUUUUUGCGUGUUGAACAUUUAUCUGUUUAUUUAUUCCAGUGUCAUAACCCAAGUCUUCAAUAAUAAAGUCCUUAUGAUUUCAUACUCCA